AUGGGUUCUUUAAAUGCUGAAUUAUCAAAGAAAACUGUUUUUGGUGUAAAGGUUUGGGAAGUGAUUGCAAUUGUUGUUGCUUUGUCAAUUAUAGUGAUUCUGUCUGUGGUUUCAAUUUGUCUUACUUCAAGAAAGAAAUCUAGGAGAGCUAGAAACAAGAUUCCUGUUACUGAGAUACCGAAUGUGUCGAAGGAAAUUAAGGAAGUUAGGGUUGAGCAAGUAUCGACGAAUGGAUUUGCGCCGCGUGAUGGGAUACUUUUAACCAUUCAUGAUAAAUCUAGUGAUAAAGAGUCUGAUAAAGUUAUGGUUCAUUUAGAUUUAGGGAAGAAGAUGAAGAAUGGCGAUAGUAGUAGUCAUUCGGAAUCGUUUCAUCAGUACAUGGAGAAAGAUGGUGGUGGGUCGCAUUCGCAAUCGGGUGAAGAAGGUAGCUCCGAAACGGUUACGGUCUAUAAGCAGCCUUCUUCUUCGCAUCCUAUAACAGCUCCUUCACCUCUAUCUGGUCUUCCAGAAUUCUCGCACUUAGGUUGGGGUCAUUGGUUUACUUUGAGGGAUCUUGAACUUGCUACGAGCCGUUUCGCGAAAGAAAAUGUUCUCGGUGAAGGGGGUUAUGGAGUGGUAUAUAAGGGACAGUUGAUCAAUGGGAGUCCAGUUGCGGUGAAAAAGAUACUCAAUAAUAUUGGUCAAGCAGAGAAAGAAUUUAGAGUGGAAGUUGAAGCUAUUGGCCAUGUCAGACACAAAAACUUGGUUCGUCUUUUGGGGUUCUGCGUUGAGGGAACUCACAGGAUAUUAGUGUACGAGUAUGUCAAUAAUGGAAACUUGGAACAAUGGCUUCAUGGAGCUAUGCGUCACCAUGGCUAUCUUACGUGGGAAGCACGUGUCAAGGUUCUCCUUGGCACAGCCAAAGCGCUUGCGUAUUUGCACGAAGCAAUUGAGCCAAAAGUAGUACACCGAGAUAUCAAAUCGAGCAACAUAUUAAUUGACGAUGAUUUCAAUGCUAAGGUUUCUGAUUUUGGUCUGGCCAAAUUAUUGGGUGCUGGAAAGAGUCAUGUCACAACCCGAGUUAUGGGAACCUUUGGAUAUGUGGCUCCUGAAUACGCAAACACCGGCCUUCUAAAUGAGAAAAGUGAUGUUUAUAGCUUUGGUGUUUUGCUAUUGGAAGGAAUUACCGGAAGAGAUCCAGUUGAUUAUGGUCGUCCGACAAAUGAAGUGAAUCUAGUUGAUUGGCUGAAGAUGAUGGUCGGAAGCAGGAGAUCAGAAGAAGUGGUGGACCCAAACAUUGAGGUGAAACCAUCGACAAGAGCUUUGAAACGCGCUCUCUUAACUGCUUUAAGAUGCGUUGAUCCAGAUUCCGAGAAAAGACCCAAGAUGAGUCAAGUUGUACGAAUGCUGGAGUCCGAGGAAUACCCUUUAGCAAGAGAGGACCGAAGGCACAGAAGAAGAAAUCAAGGAGGUAGUGCAGAAAUUGAAUCGCAGAGGGAAUUUUCCGACACAGACAGGAGUGAGAUUCAGCUCUCUAGAGAAGAGAGCAGAGGGUAG